AUGUCUCAUCAAGCAACCGAGUCCCUUUACGACGAGGUCUUCCUCGACUACGAGAACAACUACCAUAACAAUGAAGGGCUAAAGGCCUUCGUUCGAGAGGCGGCCUCCAAACUGUCCUCGGGUGCAAAGGUGCUCGACGUCGGCUGCGGAACCGGCCGUCCCAUAGCUGAGGCCCUCUGCGCGGCCGGACUCGAUGUGACGGGCAUCGACUUGUCCACGGAGAUGGUCGAGCUGUGCAGGAAACGUUUUCCUUCGGCAACCUUCAUCAAGGCAGACAUGACCAAGUUUCAACCCCAGCCGCAGCAGAAGUUCGAUGCCAUCUUUGCCGUCCUCUCUCUCUUUCACGUCUCCCACCGGGAAUGCUACUCCAUGCUGUACAGAUUCUCCCAGUGGCUAAACAGAGGCGGCUUCCUCUUCAUCACCACAAUUUACAGCUACGACCUGGUCGAUCGAGGCGCCAGGCCUGACAGCUCCGGCAUCAUCGAUCUCGCCGACUGCCAGUUCUUGUCUCGAGACGUCCCCUUGACGGCCCUGUCUGGCGAGAAAUGGACAGAGUACCUGACGGCUGCCGGCUUUGUUGGCUUCCAGGCGACAAAGUACGACUUUCAGCCUGCUGACCCGAACCUGAAGGUCGCCCAUCACCACUUCAUCACAGUGAAAAAGGGGGACCGGCACCCGUUGAUGGGGCCCUACCCUUAUCCGGAUAAAGUCCGUGGCCCAUACCCCUUGAACAGAGAGGCAUACAAGUCCUUCUUGAAGAGGCUAAAUGACGCAGAGUCAAAGGCUCUGGCCGCUAUGCUAGAGAAAAACACCAAUACCCUCAGAAUCGACCCCAUUAAUCGUGGCGAAUCAUUCCCCUUCGGCUCCAAAGAAUGCCCUAGCCACUUCGACUCUGUAGUCUUAUCCCGGGCCCUUGACGGCCUCGAUGAGCUUGAGCAGCCGCUUCGGGAGAUAGCCCGGGCGACCAAUUCGGCCUCUCCAGAGGCCAAGAUAAUUAUCAUCCAAGCAUCUCCGGAUAGUGACUUGCUCAAACAGGUCAACCUCAUCUGUCCUGCAAAGGCCAGCAACAAAGCCCCGAUGCACCACGGACUCAUCCUCCACCGCGCUGCUGAAGUCCUCAAGGCAAACGGGUUUGGCAACAUAGAGCUUAUCCAGAUAGCUGACAGUGCAUGUAAUUUCCCAGAAGAAGACCUGGCCGCUCGCUGCCAGAGUGCCGCCACCUUGUUUGCAGACAUGCUCUACAGUGAAGAAGCCGACUUGCAGGGCAUCAAGGAUGCGCUCGCUCCUGGGAUGGAGGCUGUCUUCAAAGAGACUCCCCACGACAUUGGCACUCAGUCUGUGAUGUUGGUGGCUAGGCCGGCUUAA